AUGGAAUCGAAGAAUUUCAUAAACGAAAAAUUUGAAGAAAACAAAACAGAACUUAAGGAACUCAAGGAUUCGGUGAAACAGAUUGAUAGUGCUACCAAAUCCCUUAGCAGUAAGGAACAAGAUCUCCAAGAUAAGCUUGUUAACCUUAUCUGUGAUCACAACGAUUUGAAGGAAAGGCAUCUUGAUCUUCAGUGGAGGAACUUGAGAGAUAAUCUCAUCAUUAACGGUACCCCGGAAGAUCCCGAGGAAAACACCGAAAACGUAGUGAUAGAAUUCCUUAGUCGACAGAUGGAAAUAGUUCUAGACCCUUCCAAAUUCCAUCGCGUACACAUAUUUGAGCGCACUGGUAUCGGAAGGCCGAGACCCAUAGUGGCCAAAUUUGUACUCUACAAAGACAAGGAGAGAAUAAAAAAAUCCCAAAAGAAGCUUAAAGACACACCCUAUGGAAUCAGCGAUAUGUACCCUCGUGAAAUCAACGAAAGACGCAAAGAGUUAUACCUACAUUACAAGCGCGUCAGACAACAAGGGAUGAAAGCAGUGAUGAAUGGUGACAAACUUUAUAUCAACAAUAAGUUAUUUGACCCACGUGAGCACGUAAACAACAACCACAUGGACACUGACCCCACAACCGGAAGGAAUCAUGGAGUCCCCAAUAGAGGCAGAAGAAUGAACUCUCAACGCUAG